AUGCAGCCUCCAGAGGGAGCACAGACUGAUCUGGGCAAGGCCCAGGUCAUCGAUCGUGUUCCUAAAGUCAUAAAGGAACUGAAGUUCGGUGUACUGACAAACGAUGAUAUUGUUGGUCAAGCUGUGGUGGAGGUCUCCGACAGGAAAUUUUUCGACCUCGAACAUGACCGCGCUGUAGUUGCUCAUGGUCCUCUCGAUGCGCGCAUGGGUAUCUCGAACAAGACUUCUGAAUGCAAAACGUGUGGACUCCAUUUGAAAGAGUGUAACGGCCAUUUUGGGCAUGUCAGAUUGGUUCUACCCGCUUUCCACGUCGGUUAUUUCAAGCGCGUUAUUGGUAUCCUCCAGGAAAUUUGCAAAGAAUGCUCGCACAUUCUCCUUCCGGAGGCAGAGCGGCGGUCCUUCCUGCGUGAAAUGCGCCGCCCAGGUCUGGACAACUUAAGACGGACACAAAUCGCCAAGCGGAUCAACGAACGUUGCCGGAAAACUCGAGUAUGCGACCACUGUGGUGCGAUCAACGGAGUGGUGAAAAAGGCCGGUACGAGCGCUCUCAAAAUCACCCACGAUAAGUUCCGCGCCUUCAACGCUUCGACUUCUGUCAAGAAGAUUCCUCCGCUCAGCAAAACAGCUUUCGACGACACCUUUGCCGAGGCUAGGCACUCCAACUCCGAGGUUGAGAAGCAUUUCAAGAAAGCACAGGACGACAUGAAUGCCUUGCGUGUGCUCAAGCUCUUCAAGAAGAUCUCUGAUACCGACUGUGAACUUAUGGCUUUGGAUCCGAAAGAAGCGCGCCCGGAGAUGUUCCUUUGGCAAUUCAUCCCUGCCCCUCCCGUCUGUAUUCGCCCAUCUGUAGGACAAGACGCCGCUUCAACAGAAGAUGAUCUUACUGCGAAGCUGGGUGAUAUCGUUCAGAGUAACAUUAACCUCAAGAACGCUCUGCUGAAGGGUGCCCCCGUUCAAACAAUCAUGGAAUGCUGGGACUACAUGCAGCUUCAGAUUGCCGUUUACAUCAACAGCGACGUACCAGGUCUGAACAAAGCAGAUCUGGGAAAGCCUAUUCGAGGCUUCGUUCAGCGACUCAAGGGUAAACAGGGUCGAUUCCGUGGUAACUUGUCUGGAAAGCGUGUCGACUUCUCUGGCCUUCCAGAGCUGGUUGCAAAGAACAUGACCUAUCCUGAGCGCGUGACCCGAUAUAAUAAGGAAAAGUUGCAGGAGCGUGUGCGGAAUGGACAGAAGAAAUGGCCGGGAGCGAACUACCUAUACAAGAAGGGUUCCAACUUCAGGACCAUGUUGAAGUAUGGUAACUUGAAGCACAUUGCCAACGACCUGCAAGAGGGCGACUUGGUUGAGCGUCAUAUUGAGGACGGCGAUAUUGUGCUCUUCAACCGACAACCUUCUCUUCACAAGCUCAGUAUUCUAUCUCAUUUUGCCAGAGUCCGACCUCACCGAACUUUCCGGCUCAAUGAAUGUGUUUGCAACCCUUACAAUGCUGAUUUCGAUGGAGAUGAGAUGAACCUGCACGUCCCGCAGACAGAAGAAGCCAGAGCCGAGGCCAUGGAGUUGAUGGGAGUAAAGAACAACUUGGCCACUCCCAAGAACGGAGAGCCCAUUAUUUCCGCUAUUCAGGAUUUCAUCAGUGCUGCUUUCCUGUUAAGUAGCAAAGAUAACUUCUUUGACCGUGCCUCCUUCUGUCAGAUUUGUCUCUACAUGCUGGGUCCUGAAACACCGUUUGAUCUUCCUCCCCCUUCAGUCGUCAAGCCACAGAUGCUCUGGACAGGCAAGCAGGUUUUCAACAUCAUGAUGCACCCCAACAAGAGCGACCCUGUCUUGGUCAACCUCGAUGCUCAAUGUCGUCAAUUCAAGAUGCCCAAGGACGGCCGACCCAAAGACCUGGAUCCACAUGAUGCUUGGCUGGUCAUUCGCAACUCGGAGAUCAUGUGUGGUGUGAUGGAUAAGUCUACUAUUGGUUCCGGAAAGAAAGACAAUGUGUUCUACAUUAUGCUUCGUGAUUACGGGCCUGCAGCGGCCGCCGAGGGCAUGAACCGUCUUUCUAAGCUGUCUGCUAGAUGGUUUACCAACAUGGGCUUCUCUAUUGGUAUUGGAGAUGUCUAUCCUAGUGAAAGGCUGGUUCAGUCCAAGAAUGACCUGGUGGAAAGCGCUUACGCAGCUUGUGACGAAGUCAUCGCCAAAUACAAGGCUGGUACUUUGGAGAAGUACCCUGGCUGUGACGAAUUGCAGACGAUGGAGAACCAGCUUUCUGGAAUUCUCAGUAAAGUUCGUCAGCAAGCUGGUGACGAGUGCAUUGACCAGCUCAGCAAAUACAACUCGCCUUUGAUCAUGGCCACGUCCGGAUCCAAGGGCUCCAGCAUCAACGUGUCCCAGAUGGUUGCUCUUGUCGGUCAACAAAUUAUUGGUGGUCAGCGUGUUCAGGACGGUUUCCAGGAUCGUACCUUGCCUCAUUUCCCCAAGAACGCCCGUCAGCCUCCUUCGAAGGGUUUCGUUAGAAACAGUUUCUUUUCUGGUCUCGAGCCCACUGAAUUUAUUUUCCACGCCAUGUCUGGUCGUGAAGGUCUGGUCGAUACCGCGGUGAAGACUGCCGAAACCGGUUACAUGUCUCGUCGGUUGAUGAAGUCUCUUGAAGAUUUGUCUACGCAGUAUGACGACACCGUGCGCAACUCAUCGUCUGCAAUUGUGCAAUUCCAGUAUGGUGAUGAUAAGUUGGACCCGGUCGACAUGGAAGGCAAAGCCAAGCCGGUCCACUUCGACCGCACCUUCAUCCACUGUGAGGCUACCACCUACAACAACGACGAGCGAAGCUUGUUGCCUGCUGAAAUCAUGGAGGUCUGUCAGGAGAUGCUCGGAAAAGAACGUGCCAAGUUGGCCCGCAAGGACCUGCUGGGCAACGAGCUUGGCUACAUGGACCGGAGCGAUCAUGGCAUUGACCAAUUCGAGAGUGCCCGUGACUUCCUGGACUCGAUUGAACACUACGUGUCUACCAAAGCCGACAAGCUUGUCUCUCGUGGUGGUGACAUUGACCCAUCGGACCAGAGAAGCCGGCAGGGCUUGGACCACACUGGAAAGCUGACAGAAAAGACCCUGAGGGCGUUCAUUCUUGAGUGCUUGCUGAAGUACAAGAAGGCACAGGUUGAACCGGGCCAUGCCGUCGGUGCGGUCGGUGCUCAGUCUAUCGGUGAGCCCGGUACGCAGAUGACACUCAAAACUUUCCAUUUCGCUGGUGUCGCCGGUAUGAGUAUCACCCAAGGUGUGCCCCGUAUCAAGGAAAUUAUCAACGCUUCACGAGAGAUUAGUACGCCUGUCGUUGCUUGUGAUCUUGUCACCAAGGACAGCAUCGUUGCGGCGCGUAUUUACAUCAAUGAGAGGUGGUCUGGCGAUGAGGCAUCCCUCAAAGUCCGGAUCAACUGGGAUACGAUCAACCAACUGCAGCUUGAGCUCGAUAUGCAAAAGAUCCUUGCCGCUAUCAAGAGCCACAAGCGCUUCAAGGGCGAGGAUCUGAAAUUCCGAACCACGCGGCGCUCGAUUGAGGUCAUCAUCGAUCUCGAUCCGACCAGCAAGCAAGGCCUGUCCAAGACGGAGAUUGCCGCUACCAGCAUCGAUCCCUUCCUGCGUCUCAAGCACUUGAAGCGCAUGCUGCCCAACAUUCAGAUUUUGGGUCACCCUCUGGCCCACCGGGCCAUUAUCCGGACGGAUGAAACCUCUACUACCAACACCCUGCUUGUGGAAGGCUACGGUCUGCGCGCCUGCAUGAACACGAUGGGUGUCAACGGUCUUCAGACCACGACCAACAAUGUCAUGGAGGCACGCGAAGUUCUCGGCAUCGAAGCCGCCCGCAGCACGAUUGUCACCGAAAUCAGUGAAGUCAUGAAGGACAUGGACAUUGAUCCUCGCCACAUGCAGCUUCUCGCUGACGUGAUGACCUACAAGGGUGAGGUGCUUGGUAUCACUCGAUUCGGUCUGGCCAAGAUGCGUGACAGUGUGCUCCAACUGGCCUCCUUCGAGAAGACGGCCGAUCACCUGUUCGACGCCGGUGGUGCCGGCCGCACUGAUCUGAUCGAGGGUGUCUCCGAGUGCAUUAUUAUGGGCAAAACCGUGGGCCUGGGAACCGGUGCCAUGGAGGUCGCGCGCAAACUGAACUUUUACGAAGGACAGAUUGGCCCACGCAAGACUACCUUUGAGGACGCCUGGUCGGAGUUAUGCGAAGCUCCCGUGACGAGGCGGACCAAGAGAAAGGUCCGGCAAGAUUAA